AUGGAUUUCGAUAUAAAGCCCAUCACGGAGGAAGAGCGGAAGAUGAUUGAAGAAAAGCGGCGCGGAAAGGACAGGCUGCGGCGUGAGGGCCGCGAUGGAAAGGAUAAAGGCCGGUCCGGCAGACCGAGCCGCCGAAUCGACAUAAUUGACCAGCUCGAUGCGACAAGCAUCUACGGAACUGGACUGUUCCACCACGAUGGCCCUUUCGAUGCUCUGAACCCGCACCGCAAUCGACAAAGUAGCCGCCGCGCCCCGAUGCAAGCAUUUCCAAAAGACUCCCUCAACAACUCUCUUGGCGGUUCUGGGCCGCUGAAUCAACAACCAGACCAUUCAACGUUCAUGGGGCAAACCGACGAGGCAUUCAGAGACUAUGCUGCUGGCGCUCGAGCCAAGGAUGCCGCCAUAUUCAAUCCUGUAUCUCGUGGUGAGGUGAUUCAUGGUAACGAAAGCCAUGGACUCGGCACCUCGACUUUCUUGGAAGGAACCCCGGCCGCUCGGGCGGCUAUUGCUCGACAUCGGGCCGAGGAGGCGCAGGAGGCAAUGACGGUGGGUAUACAGCGAAAGAAAUCUUUGGCGCACCGCAUCCGUCAUAUGAACAAAGGUCCCCGUGAAUACCACGGCACCGGACAAUAUUCACCUGACACAAUGCCGUCUCGACCUGCUGACGGCUCUGAGCCCAAUCAAAGCUACUUCGCCGAAUUCGGAAAGGGCGAGGAUAGCAUAACGGUACAACGUCGAGACGGCACACUUUCGCCUGUCAGUCCGCCGCAGGUCCCAAGGCGUGGUUCUGGUGCGACGCUUGAAAGGCGAGCCACGACAGAUGCUACCAGCCCAGCAGAGGAGGCUCCUGCAAAGCAAAGCAGCCUUCUGGGAAGAAUGAAGAGCUUGAAGGGUGGUAGAAAGCCCAGGAAUGUAGACAGUGUCAACAACACUUCAGCGAACCAGGGCUGA